UCAGCUGCGCGGUAGGCUGCGCGAUAAACUGCGGGAUUGGACGAAGGGCAGCAUUUGAACAUGGUAGGAAACUAAAACUGUAUCUAGCGCCCGAAUGCUCUCUAUUGCCCUGUCCAGGGUCGUUAGAUCUAACGGAAGAUGAAGAUGAGGAAAAGAGGGGAAGCCGGUGGGACGGCGGGACCACCUUCGCGGGACCCCAGGCACCGGCGGGACCAACAACCAGCUCAACAAUCAUCUCUAUCAGUCUAUCGAUCAGCUCAACGUGUCCACGCAGGAUCGCACUGUAUCCAUUCCUACACCGUGCCAAUAUCGCCGAGCAUCGGGAUACUUCGGAUCCAAAGCUGAUCUGUCAACCUGAUGCCACCGACUCGAGAUCGCAGCACAAAGGAACGACGUUGUCCCUGGUGCUCUCAGUCGUUUGCUAAAGAGGAUCACCUUUCUCGACAUAUCAGAACUCACACAAAGGAAAAGCCAUUUACCUGUUCCGCAUGUGGCAAAGCAUUCAGUCGCUAUGAUUCCCUCCUACGACAUGCGCGUAAUCAUGGGGAAAGUCAUAUGAAGCAGCCAAUGCUCACACGCUCUGUAGCUCAAAGCAUUGACUGCACAGGGUCCGAUUUGCAUGGUAUCAUUGCUUCGAAUUUACUGCAGACACCCGUGACAUUGAAUACGCCAUCUGGUGCAUCAAGUGAUCGGCCAGAUGUACCAAGGCUGGAACUGUCCCCAUACGAGACCAACGCCCUUCUAUUGAUGACCGACAAGGCACGUGCGAGGUCUCCAAUUUCGGAUAAUCUGACCCAUAUAGACACCUCGGUCAAUGAGGUAGAUAAAAUCCUCCAAGAGCACAGCUCUGGCUGGACACUGGACCUUGCCGCGCAGAUUCCAACCUGGCUGGUCACUGAUGAUUUUGACCUUGACGCGCUCAAUGCAUCCAUUCAUGCAUCGGCCAACCCACCAGAGCCGCUGUCCCCAGCUAUUGACCCUGCGAGUAUCACCCAACAGACAUGUGAAGAUGCAUUGCCGCCCCUAGAGCGAUUCGAGGACCUCGUCCGCCGUCACUGGUUCACACACUUUGAGCAAGCCAACACCGGCCAUGCCACUCCCGAUAGAUUGGAAUUGACGUAUGUGGAUGAGCGAUACCGACAGAAAUUGACCGAGCAUGUCCAAUAUCGGAUUCCAACGGACCCGUUGCCAUCAACAGACUUUUUAAACAUGUGCAUCCAAAUGUAUUUUGCCAGAUUUAAUCCAGUCUUCCCUGUUGUGCAUGCUCCGACUUUUCGCCCAUCAACUCAGAACUCGUUGCUGUUGUUAUCAAUCUGCUCGAUCGGAAGUCUUUUCCUGGGGUCAAAACAGGGAGCUUCGCAUGGUGCCCAGAUGUUCGACACACUCAACAAGGCGACACUUGCAUCGUGGGAGAAAUACAUGACGAAACAAAAGGCCGAGAUCCGAUCAAUGACCCAGGCAUCCAUGAUUGGCCAAAUAUUUGCGUAUCUCACUGGACGUCCUAGAGAGCUCUUGUUGGUCCAGACAUUUCACGGAACGAUAAUCACGUGGGCCAGAAGGAAUAGUAUGCUUCGCAAUCACCAGACGACCGAUCAGAUCGAACUGGAAAUUGCACGCGACCCAAAAAAGGCAUGGUUGUCUUGGGUUGCACGAGAAGAGCAAAACAGGCUCGUCGCGGGGCUGUCUAUCUUGGACAGCGAAUUCGCGGAAAUUUUCCUGGCAGAGCCAUUCAUGCGGCGACGGUCAUGGAUGUCCUCGAUCUGCGAUAAUGAACUGUGGAUGGCCACAACAGUAGAAGAUUGGUGUCGCCUUAUCCGACAGCAGGAUUCCCGUACGCGCCGGAAAAGCACGCCAAACAAAUUCAGGGAAUAUAUUGAACUAGAGCGGAUUGCGGCAUCUAUUCGGGAUGCCCGGACAUGUGACAACUGGGCAUCUGCAUCGCCACCAUUGCGGGCUGCCCUCGAGUUCCACUAUAGCAACUUCCAGAGUCAUACGUCGGAUGGACCCGAUAUCCUCUGUCUGAAGGCCUUGUGGCAUACUGCAUUCUUGACCUGCUUGGUAGAUUUUGAUCGCCUAGAAGUCGUAGUUGGACGGGAAGGUUACCUGGAGUCACAAAGGGAACUGCCUUUUGUGCAGACAUGGGCGGAUUCACGAGAUGGCUGUCGGUGUGCUCUUCAUGCAGCGUUGAUCCUUCGCUGCUUAGAGAGCUUGCCUAGAGGGAACGUGCCACCGAUUCAUGCGCCGCGAGUCUUAUACCGAGCUACAUUGGUCUGGUACUGCUAUCUCCAGUUUAGUGCGACAUCCGAUCAGGCGAAUCAAGCGCCCCUCGACUUCCCCGAACUCAAAAAUGCAGGUAUCGACUGUGAAAGGCUGCUCGCGGAGAUGAAUGACUUUCGGUCAGUGCGACCCAAGCCCCUGCAGUCCAGCAUCCUCAGUCGAUGUGUUGAUUUGUUGAGAAACCUUGGACCCUGGGGUCUUGGGCGACAACUGGCUGCCAUGUGGGAGGCAAUUUUGUACCAACUGCCACAGCUGAAUGGGGGAUCAACUUGAUACUCCAUGGAACCUGCUGGCAUCGUCCAUUAGAGUGCUUUGGGCCUAGCGCUGUGAGUCCUCGACAGGGAGGCUGCUGCCAUCCGCACUCACGCAACCUGCGCUGUACCUUCUGCAUUUGGCAGCGCAGGUUUCUGUCAACUAUACCUAAGGAAACCACCUAUGAAGUAUCUGAAAGUAACCAAACAGACGAGAGGCUUGCAGUGUACCCAACCGGAAAGUGUUUUGCCGAUCUUGCUAGGUGCUACGAUGUGCCCGAUCUCAGACUAAGGCUCACAGACAUCCGGCAUCGUUCGACAUCGUCUAGGCCUGAGCCCGUGUGGCUUGGCGCGGUGUUGUGGCAUAUCCGUGUAAUAGGGGCGGCUGCCUC